UGGAGCGCACUGUCCGAAUUGUCUGCGCGAAUAAACGGAGGGUGGUGAGUGAGCUCGGCGGCUGUAGACGACGCAGCUGUUGCUUUUGUACUACACUUGGGAAGCACCCUCUGGGAAACAACGGCAAGUGAAUUAUCUUCGUUGACAAUGACUAUAGCGAUAUCAUCAUAAAUAUAUGAAUUAGAAAAUAGAAUUGAAAAAGUAAAUCAAUGGUACAGAAAGGUAGUAUGUCCAGGACGCCUUCGACCUCAACCCAGGAGAUCCAAAUGGACAUGUUUGAUCAACAUCCUCACACACAGGGAAAGUAUUCCAAGCGGAAGAGCCGCUUCAAGCGCUCCGAUGGAAGCACCUCCUCUGACACCACCUCCAACAGCUUUGUCCGGCAGGGCUCUGCCGACUCCUACACCAGCCGGCCGUCGGACUCAGAUGUGUCCCUGGAGGAGGACCCAGAGGCACUGAGGAAGGAGGCAGACCUACAGGCCUUGGCCACCCUCGAGAAAGCUAAGACCAAACCAGUGGCCUUUGCUGUGCGGACGAAUGUGGGCUACAACUCUGGGCCCAACGACGACGUCCCAGUGCAGGGCAUGGCCAUCUCCUUUGAAGCCAAAGACUUCCUACACAUCAAGGAGAAGUACAAUAAUGACUGGUGGAUUGGGCGUCUGGUGAAGGAGGGCUGUGAGGUGGGGUUCAUCCCCAGCCCAGUCAAACUGGAGAACACCAGGCUACUGCAGGAGCAGAAGAUGAGACAGAACCGCCUCAGCUCCAGCAAAUCUGGUGGCAGCUCCAGCCUGGACGUUGCCACGGGAACACGCAGGCCCACCCCUCCUGGCACAGCUCAUGUGGACAUGUCCACGAUGGCUUUUGACCUUGACCCCCUGGACCUGGAUGCCGAGGAGCCCCCUGAGCCCCAGGGUGACCCUCGCUCCCCCAAGGGCAGCGCAGGCAGCGUCACCUCCCCCCAGGGCCAAAUCCACCGCCUGCCCUUCUUUAAGAAGAUGGAGCAUGUCCCCCCUUACGACGUGGUCCCCUCCAUGAGACCCAUCAUUCUAGUGGGGCCGUCACUGAAGGGCUACGAGGUGACUGACAUGAUGCAAAAGGCUCUCUUUGACUUUCUCAAGCACAAAUUUGAGGGCAGGAUAUCCAUCACCCGGGUGACAGCAGACAUCUCCCUUGCCAAGCGCUCGGUCCUCAACAACCCCAGUAAACACACCAUCAUCGAGCGCUCCAGCACCCGCUCCAGCCUGGACGUGCUGGCGGAGGUGCAGAGUGAAAUUGAGCGUAUCUUUGAGCUGGCCCGCACCCUGCAGCUGGUUGCCCUAGACGCAGACACCAUUAACCACCCCUCUCAGCUGGCUAAGACCUCCCUGGCUCCUAUCAUCGUCUACAUCAAAAUAGCCUCACCGAAGGUCCUCCAGAGGCUCAUUAAAUCCCGGGGGAAGUCCCAGGCCAAACACCUGAACGUGCAGAUGGUGGCAGCAGACAAGCUGGCCCAGUGCCCCCCUGAGCUGUUUGACAUCAUCCUGGAUGAGAACCAGCUGGAGGACGCCUGUGAGCAUCUGGCUGACUACCUGGAGGCCUACUGGAAGGCCACGCACCCCCCCAGCAGUAACCCCCCCAACCCCCUCCUCAACCGCACAAUGGCCACGGCCGCCCUGGCCGCCUCCCCAGAGCCCGUCUCCAACCUGCAGGUACAGGUGCUCACCUCCCUGCGCCGCAACCUGGAGUUCUGGCCCGGCCUGGAUGGCCCCGGGGCCGAGCACGGGAAGGUGGCCGAGCAUGCCCUCUAAAGGCCAGCUGUGGGGGGGGGGGGGGCUCAGGGGGAGCAACACCCCUUCCAAACCCGGCUGCCUGCACUCCAGAUAUACCUCCCCCCCAUCCUCCCUCUCUCCAUCCCUCCCCUUGACCUGAAAGAAGGAAAGAACCUAAUCACAUUAUGUUUAGACCCCGUUCUCAUUCAUAAUACUGUGUAGAGAAACACCACGUACAUGGAGAGAGGGAGGAGGCUGUUUACUGGAGAGUAUUCUGGGUCCAUCACACUGGAUCCAACUCAAUAGCACAUACACACACUUACACAGACAUUCAUAUUCUCACACACACACUUACAAACACACACACACAUCAGAGUACUCGGAACAAUAUAGGCCCCACACAUUACUGUAAAAAUCCUUCU